AACAUUUCCAAGUGGACAAGAAGGACAAGAUGCUCUCGGCUCAAAGGAUCUAUCCGCUCUGCUGUCUGUUGGGGCUGCUGCUGUUAGUGCCCAGCCCCGCUGAGGCGCGGCACACACGGCGACCCAGGCGAACGACCACGCCCCGUACACCACGCCCCACGCUGCUGCCGGACCGCCACUGGCCCCCUUCAGUGCUGCCAGCGGCCACAACCGAGGCAAUGCCUCGCCUGGUGGAUAGUUUCGAUCAGCGUUCCGCGGAUGGACAAUACGAGUUCAGAUACCAACUGGAUGAUGGAAACACUCGCUACGAGCGCGCCUACUGGCUGCCCGUGGGCAAGGACCUGGUGCUGGCCCGCAAGGGUUACUACUCCUUCCCGCUGCCGAACCAGCAGUUCUCCACCGUCUUCUACAGGGCCGAUCAUCUGGGCUACCAUGUGGAUAUGAACACAUUAUCCGGGAAGCAGCCGCUGUUGCCACGCAACCUUGAAGUGCCGCUGGAGCAGGAGCAGGAGCUGGAGCUGGAGCCUGCAGCUGGAGUCAGAGCUGAUGCUGGCAAGGAUGAGGUGCAGGGUCCAAAUGCACUAAACCAAGUCGAAACCGAAACCGAAACCGAAACCGAACCAUCAACUGUGGCCAACGACAUUUUGGCAACUGAAGCGGCAGUCAGCAGCCAUGCUGAUGAUGAGCUUGUUGGAGGCGUCUCCCAGUGAGCAGCAGCAGCAGCAGGAGGUUAGAGGCGGAGAGGAUAAUGUGGCAUAUGAAGGAACACUCGCUCACAACGCUCCACUCUGCUGCAAACUCAAAUUGAAAACAAUUGUUGCUGGAGGGGGGGACAGCCAAGAGACAGCCUGAGAGUCCGAGACGGCUGAGUGGUUCUGUCCCUAAGUAGAGAGGGUACAUUUCUGAACAGCAUUCGGCUGUUGGCUUUAGACACAUUUAAAUCCACACUAAGUAUAAGUAAAUAAAUGACUGUGAAAAUCGCUCAAGUU